GCGGCGAAGGGGAGCUGAAGGAGAGUGGGGCGGGGCGGACGGGUGAGCGAGCGGCGCCAUGCCCCGCACACGGGAGUUACCCACGUUCGAUGAGCUCGAGGUGCAUGAGGUGCUGGUGAGCUCAGCGGUGCUGAAGGCAGCGGCCCACCACUAUGGCUCACAGUGUGACCAGCCCAACAAGGAGUUUGCGCUGUGUCGCUGGGAGGAGAAGGACCCGCGCAAGUGCCUGCAAGAGGGCAAGGAGGUCAACCGCUGCGCCCUCAACUUCUUCAGGAAUGUAAAGCUGCACUGUGCAGAACCUUUUACUGAAUACUGGACCUGUAUUGACUAUACCAACCUGCUGGAGCUUCGUCGAUGCCGGAAACAGCAGGCAGCAUUUGAUGAUUGUGUGCUGGAGAAGCUGGGCUGGGUGAGACCUGACCUGGGGCAUUUGUCUAAGGUCACAAAAGUGAAGACAGACCGUCCCAAGCCUGAGAAUCCCUAUCAUUCCAGAUCUAGACCACAGCCAAAUCCAUCCUAUGACGGAGAGUUGAAGUCUUCUACACAUGGCAGUAGGAGCUUUUUCUGGCCGUGGUAAACGGGACAGAACACUCUGUAGCUCCAACUCUGAGGCCUGUCCUUUACCAAUGUAAACUAUCUUGUCCAGCAUGUAUCAGGUGAAAUCCUUAUUCUGUAAUGAUUAAAAACAUUUACUGGCUUGGUA